AUGACUGGUGAGAAGGCAGCAUUUGUAAAUCUGCUUGCAAAAAGUGUUGGUCAUCCACUGAUUGGCUUCCAUUGCAUCAUACAUGAGGAGGCUUUAUGUGCAAAAGCUGGCCUAAAGGAACUGCAAGAAGUGAUGCAAACAGUUACCAAGGUUGUUAAUUACAUUUGUGGUCGGCCUUUAAAUAAAAGACAAUUUCAAACUCUACUGGAUGAGGUAAAAUCUGUGUAUAAAGGUCUAAAAAUGUACAACCAUGUUCGUUGGCUUAGCAGAGGCUUGGUUCUGAAACGAUUUAUUGAAUGCUUAGAUGAGAUAAAGCUCUAUAUGAACGACCAAUGUUUUUUCCUAAUGUUUUUCAUCUUAAAUGAAUUGAAUAUUAAGUUAGAGGGCUCUGGUAAGACACUUGAUGUUAUGUUUGGUUACAUAAAAGCUUUUGAAAUGAAGCUUAAAGAUUUUAAGAGGGAUGUAGAUAAUGAGAGAUUUAGAUACUUUCCAAACCUAAAGAGGUACAUCAGUGAUCUAAAAGAUGACAGAACAGACCACAAAAGUCUUCAAAAGCUGUUUGUAAACAUUAUCGAGUCAACAGUUUGGCAGUUCUCUUCAAGAUUUGCCAAAUUCAGAGAACUGGAAACACAGUAA